GAAAACGUCUUUUAUGAAUUGACCAAUAAUCAUUGAAAAACAAAAAAUGUGAAAUAUGAUUGGAUUUUUUUUGGUGCAUCGGCCAAAUAAAUUAUCGAAAUAUGGGUAUUGAGCAAGUUAAACAUGUUUUAUUAGUUUUAUCGGGUAAAGGUGGUGUUGGUAAAAGUACCGUUUCAUGUCAAUUAGCAUUAUCAUUACAACAACAAUAUGGUUUGAAAAUUGGUCUACUUGAUAUUGAUAUUUGUGGACCAAGUAUACCACGUAUGUUAGGCUUAUUGGAUGCUGAUGUCAAACAAGGUACGAAUGGAUGGAUUCCGAUCAAAUUGGAAAAAUCUAAUCGGCAACCAAUGAGUGUCAUGUCAAUUGGAUUUUUGUUGAACGAUCAAGAUUCGGCUAUUAUUUGGCGUGGACCACGUAAAACAGCAAUGAUCAAUCAAUUUCUUACCGAUGUUGAUUGGUCAGAUUUGGAUAUAUUAAUCAUCGAUUCACCGCCUGGUACAUCUGAUGAACAUAUCAGUGUUGUAGAAUGUUUACGUAAAUUAUCAUCAUCGACAUCGAAAACAACAAUAAACGCCGUACUUGUAACUACACCACAAUCAGUUGCUAUUGGUGAUGUACGUCGUGAAAUAACAUUUUGCCGAAAAGGAAAUGUUCCGAUUCUUGGUGUGAUUGAAAAUAUGAGUGGCUAUGUUUGUCAACAUUGUUCGGAAUGUAGUCCAAUAUUUUCACAUGGUGGUGGUCAAUCAUUAGCUGAUUAUGCUCAAAUAGAUUUACUUCAAACAAUUCCUAUUGAAUCUGAAUUAUCCGAAUGUUGUGAUGAUGGUCAAGAUUUUUUGGAAAAAUUUCCUAAAUCUAAAACUGUUGAACGAUUAAUAGAAUUGAGUGAAAAAAUCUGUAAAAAACUUUCUAUUCAUUGUUAAUAUUGAAAAUUUUUAUUUAAUUCAUCUUUGUUCAUUUUUCCUUAUGUAAGCAAAAAAAUG